CCGGACUGGGAGUCAAAAUAGGCCCCGGCAUUUCAACUACAUAGAAGCCCCUCGGGCAACAAAGUGUUAACUCAGCUGCAGUGUCGGUUGGUUUGCUAUUGUCACUGCUGCCACAAUACUCACAAAUAACUCUCUUUCCUGGGAACCUUAUCUCAGAGUCUUGUGUUAGACAAGGCUGUUGGGUUAGGCAAAUAGGCGGGAGUCGUUAGCCCAGGUCCUCAGUCUGGAGGUUGGGCUAUAGGAAUGUAUUUUUGUUCAAAUUUAUGAGGGAGAGUUCCGCUGCACGCAUUUAGCCCCCACCCAACCGUUUCCUACUGGGUAGCAAAUCUAUUUCUAUUUCAAAUUUAGUUUCCACUCCUCCCACACAACUGCUGCCUUAUAUAGUGCAACUGUCACCCUGAUUUACUCUACCGGAUCAGGAAAAAGCGGAGGGGCUAGAACCCCUAGGCUUGUAUAGUGCAGAUUGCGAUGCAGACAUGGGGGUGCGGGACUGUCACCCCAGGAUUACUCUGCCGGAUCAGGAGAAAGCGGAGGGGCUAGAACCCCUAGGCUUGUAUAGUGUGUGCGACACAGACAUGGGGGUGCGGGACUGUCCCCCCGGGAUUACUCUACCGGAUCAGGAGAGAGCGGAGGGGCUAGAACCCCUAGGCUUGUAUAGUGCAGAUUGCGAUGCAGACAUGGGGGUGCGGGACUGUCCCCCCAGGAUUACUCUACCGGAUCAGGAGAAAGCGGAGGGGCUAGAACCCCUAGGCUUGUAUAGUGUGUGCGACGCAGACAUGGGGGUGUGGGACUGUCACCCCGCGAUUACUCCGCCGGAUCAGGAGAAAGCAAAGAGGCUAGAACCCCUAGGCUUGUAUAGUGUGGAUUGCUACACAGACAUGGGGGUGCGGGACUGUUCCCCCGGGAUUACUCCGCCGGAUCAGGAGAAAGCGGAGGGGCCGGACCCCCUUCUCUCAUCGCCGAUAGUUAAGCUGCCCACAGAGCGGAGGGAUCGUUCAGUUUUACAGAAACCCCUCUGCUCCCUCCAUGUUCCUUUGGUGCCAGUGAUCUGUAUCUUUGCAGUUUUAGUCCUUGUGGUUGUGGCUUUGGCUGUUACUGUGUCCCUCAGAGGUACCCAUCAACCCUGCCCAGUAUGUCAUUAUUCUGCCCCCUGUGAGGAGGACUGGAUCUGGUACCGGGGGAAAUGUUACUAUUUCGCUGAGACGUACGAUGAGUGGAACAACAGCCAGAGCUUCUGUGUUUCCCACAAUGCAUCUCUCUCUCUCAUCGAUACCCAGGAGGAACUGGAUUUCCUAAGGAGACAUAAGGGGCUCUAUGACCACUGGAUCGGGCUGUACAGAGACACUGAUGAGCCGGGGUGGGUCUGGGCAAAUGGAUCCAUGUUCAGAAAUACGUUCCCUAUAGUAGGAGACUCCCCGUGCGUGUACCUUAAUAACGGCCAUGUUGGCAGCGCGGCUUGUCACGGAGACAGGAAGUGGAUCUGUAACAAAAUGGACGCCAACAGUCACAUGACACAUUUUUACUAGGAGACACUAUGAGAUGUUGCCCACAUGUGUCUGCAGCUGCCCACGUGCCAGAGAGGGUUGUGCCCAUUCCCCUCGUGGGCCGCGCUGCACUGAUGAGUCCCAAACAGGACGAAACACAGUGUCAUUGGCUGAAAGGUACACCCGGGGGUGGGGUCUCGUGACCCCCAGAUGUGAAGCAGUAACCAAACCUCUCUGGCUGCAGGUGCAGAUGUGCAUUGUCCGGUUCCUACUCACUCACAGUGGAUAUAUAUAGAUAUAUAUGUCAGUGGUUUUCUUUUCCCUUUCACGGUCACAGGACUUUUUCUGCAGUUUGGCCACAGAAUAAAAACUCCUUACAAAAAUGUACGGAGUUGCUAGUUACCCACACACAUAGCGAUACAUACUGCAUGGCUGCAUGGAAACCAGUGUGGGCUGCACUCAGAUACAGGAGGCCUUAUUUAUCAAACCAAACUGCAGAAAACAUCCCAUGGCCAAGAUAUGAGCAGAUAAACUAAAUAGGUAUCUUGUAUUGAAAGGAAAAACUUGCCGGGCUGGGCCUGCAGGGACAGAGCAUGUUCUCCUUGUAUCCCCUUUAAAGGGGCUGUUCACUGAGUUAACAUUUAGUAUGAUGUAGAGGGUAAUAUUCAGAGAGAAUUUGCAGUUGGUCUUCGUUUUUUAUUAUUUGUAGUUAUUCAAUAAGUGUUCAGCAGCUCUCCAGUUUGGUGUUAUAACAGCAAUCUGGUUGCUAAGGUCCAAAUUACCUUAGUAACCAGGGAGGGGCUUGAAUGAGAGACUGAUAUAUGACUAG